AUGACUCUUCAACCUCCAUUCGCACUCUUCGUCCUUGACAAAGAUAUUACAAAUGAGUAUCUCAAUAACAGCCUAGUGCGCGCCUAUAACGGAGAUUAUCAAUCUGGUUGGAAUCUCUGGGUUGCAACUGACUCGUACGACGAUUUGCCUCCACCACAACAAACCCAUCAGCCACCUCCGGAAGCGACUAAACCCCCACUUCCAGCGGAUUUCUCAUCGCCAUGGGUGGGCAAGACCGUCGAAGACUGCGCGAAGUGGCUGCAAGAGAUGCCUGUGCAGGAAGGAGUCUACGCAGAGAGCGUAAAUAGAGACUACUUCACGGCCAUGAAUGAGUUCUCGAAAGAAGAGGACAUGGUUUUGGUGUGCCGCUUUCAAAAUAAGGACAACGGUAAUACCAGGGUUGACUAUUUUCCACAGUCCACGGACGAGGUCCAGAUGCAGAUGUGGACUAACUUAGGUUCAAAGUUUGACGAACAGGCCAGUAAUUAUCGAGAUGCGAGGAGGUUUGAGGAUAAUAAGCCUGACAGAAGCAAGUUCAAGUCCGGCGGCCCAUACUAG